UUCUUACGACCGGUAGAUCCUGUAAAGCAAGGUGUUCCACACUACUUUAAUAUCAUCAAAACGCCUAUGGACUUGAGUACUAUCAAGACCAAGCUACAAAAGAACCAAUACAGCCAUCCACAACAACUCGAUGACGAUGUGCGCCUUAUGCUUCGUAACUGCUUCACCUUUAAUCCUCCAAACACUUAUGUAUAUAACGAGGCCAAGCAGCUUGAA